AUGUUGUACUAUAUUACCAAAAAAGGUCCUGCUGGCAUGGCUGGCGGACAAAGUGGUGGUAUCUUUGGUAUUGGUAAAAGCAAGGCCAAGAUGUUCAAUCAAGAAAAUCAAGUCAAAGUCAGCUUUAAAGAUGUGGCAGGUGCCGAUGAAGCCAAGGUAGAGAUCAUGGAAUUUGUCAAUUUCCUCAAGAACCCUGCUAUCUACGAGAAAUUGGGAGCUACCAUCCCUAAGGGAGCUGUGCUUUCGGGCCCCCCUGGUACAGGUAAAACCUUAUUGGCUAAAGCGACUGCGGGAGAAGCGGGUGUGCCCUUCUACAGUGUCUCUGGUUCUGAAUUUGUGGAAAUGUUUGUGGGUGUAGGACCCUCUCGUGUACGUGAUUUGUUUGCCACUGCUAAAAAGAAUGCCCCUUGUAUUAUCUUUGUGGAUGAAAUUGAUGCGAUUGGUAAAGCAAGAGGUAAAGGAGGCCAAAUGGGUGGCAAUGAUGAAAGAGAAAGCACACUGAAUCAAUUGUUGGUCGAAAUGGAUGGGUUUGAUUCAAACCAACAUGUGGUUGUCUUAGCUGGUACCAAUCGUCCUGAUGUCCUAGAUCCUGCGCUUUUGAGACCAGGACGUUUUGAUCGACAUAUCACGAUUGAUCGUCCAGAUAUCAGUGGCCGUGCUCAGAUUUUUGAGGUUCAUUUAAAGCCUAUCCAGACAAAGGUAGACAAGCCAGUGUUAGCACGAAAACUAGCUGCUUUGACUCCUGGCUUUGCUGGUGCUGAUAUUCACAAUGUGUGUAACGAAGCUGCACUAAUUGCAGCACGUCAUAUGAAAUCAGAAGUAGAAGAAGUAGAUUUUGAAGACGCCAUUGAGCGUGUUAUUGCCGGUCUUGAAAAGAAAUCGCGCGUGUUAUCUCCAGAAGAGAAGAAGACAGUAGCCUAUCAUGAAGCAGGACAUGCUGUUGCUGGUUGGUUCCUUGAAUACGCCGAUCCCCUUUUGAAAGUAUCGGUUAUUCCUCGAGGUUCUGCUGCAUUAGGUUAUGCUCAGUAUUUACCUAAAGACCAGUAUCUCUAUAGCAAGAAGCAAUUAUUGGAUCGAAUGUGCAUGACACUCUCUGGCCGUAUUUCUGAAGAGAUCUUCUUCGAUACAAUCACCACAGGUGCCCAAGAUGAUUUACAGAAAGUAACCAAGAUGGCUUAUGCUCAAGUCACCAAUUAUGGUAUGAAUGACAAACUGGGCCCUGUUUCUUUUAGUGAUCCUCAGAAUGAAAAUCAAUUCCAAAAGCCAUUCUCUGAGAAGACAGGUACUUUGAUUGAUUCAGAAGUUAGAAACUUGGUCAAUGAAGCUUAUGCGCGUGCCACCAAACUACUUCAUGAAAAGAAAGACAGUAUUGAAAAAGUCGCCAAGUUGCUUUUAGAUAAGGAAGUGUUGAUUCGAGAAGACAUGGAGAAUUUACUAGGUAAAAGACCUUUUGCAGAACAUACUGUCUAUGACGAAUAUGU